AAAACUCAUCAAAAAAAAAACAAACAACUAAAACAUGAAUUUGUUGGAAAUUAUUAAAAUCAAACAAAAAUUGGUGAUGUCCAAUAAAAAGUCGGUCGACUUGAAGGCCAUACCGGGUGUCGGCAUAUUUUGUGCCAUAAUUUCUGUAUUGUUUUGGUCGUCGGCCGGACUGUGUAUUAAACUGUCGACCGAUGUUCACGCACUGGAAAUGCUAACCGUUAGUGCUCUAAUACAGACAGCAAUCUAUUUCAUUGUUAUGUUGAAUACGAAAACCGUAGUCAACUAUUUUGGCGAACCAAACGAAAGGAUUUACCUAUUUUUAAGGUGCACAUUGGGUACCAUAUCGAUGGCCUGUCUGUACACAUCCUAUCGACUGAUACCGCUAUCAGAUGCAACGACAAUGCGUUUUACGGCACCGGUAUUUGUAUCGUUGUUUGCCUAUAUAUUACUCCGGGAACGGUUCGGUCCGAUGGAAAUGUCCGGCGCCUUGAUUACCAUUACGGGUGUCGUACUGGUUGCCCGACCGACCUUUCUGUUCAGCACUGGCGCAGUCGUAUCGGCCGACACUUGCUGGGGACUAGUACUGGCCAUGUCGGCAGCCAUAACCAUAGCCAUAUCGAUGACAGUUAUGCGCCGACUGCAGCGUACACAGGCAUCGGUAGUCAUAUUUUGGUUUUCAUUGGAAACCGUUUGUCUAGGAUUGGUAGCCCUGUGGCUUCUGGAUGAAUUCAAAUGGCCAUCCAAUGCUACUGUCUGGCUAGUUAUGUGUAUAACAGGUAUGUGCGGUGCCAGCGAUCAACUAUUUAUAACUAUGGCAUUGAAACUGGAAAACGCUGCACCGGUAGCCGUAGUCCGGGCACUGAGUGUUGUUAUUAGUUUUAUAUUUUCGGUAACCAUAUUGGACGAACCGAUAUUGUUGACCAGUUUUCUGGGCGGUUCACUAAUAUUCAUAUCCAUCAUAUGCACCGGUAUCUAUAAAUGGUAUAUCGACUAUAAUAAUAAGCCUAACCAUCAUAACAACAACAACACGAUAGCUAUUAAUAAUAAGACAGUAGCUAACUGUCCUCAUCCUCCUCCGUUGACUACAAAAUCAACAAAUACUGUCUAUAUUAUUGAACCGGUAGAUGACCCGUCCGAUCCCUAUCUACUAAAGUAUCUGGAGUUUAGGCACAUGGAG